AAAUAUUAUACAAGGUUUUGGUGUGAUUGGGGAAGAAAUUGUACAAAUUGGAAUCAUUUUCGUCUGUUGGUAAAUUUUAAGCUAAGCUAUAUAAUUCGAAAUGUUUCGUUGUAUGAGAAAUAUGUGUGGAUUCAAUAAAAAUAUUGGACCAUCCACAUAUCAAGUUGCUGGUUUGAAGUAUUUUGCUCCACCUGUAAAAUACAAUGAUAUUGAACAGGUUGAGAGGCCAAAAUUAAGAGUAUUGGAUAGAAGUCCACAGUAUCCACCAAAUCUUCGUCCCCCAAAAAUGCAAAAAAAAUUAAAAUUAAUGCGUGGCCCAGAAGUAGUGCACAAUACUUUAUUGCAUAAACAGUAUGGUAUAAUGGCAACAGGUGGUGGGCGCUUACGUUGGGGACAUUUGGAAAUGCUCCGUCUUACAAUUGGUCGCAAAAUGGAUGUCAACAGAAUGUUUGCUAUUUGGAGAAUACCAGCUCCUUGGCAGCCCAUUACUAAAAAGGGCCAAGGUCAAAGAAUGGGUGGUGGAAAAGGAGCUAUAGAUCAUUACGUCACUCCCAUAAGAGCUGGAAGAGUAAUAUUAGAAAUAUCAGGAAAAUGUGAAUUUGCUGAAGUCAAGCCAUUUCUACAACAAGUUUGCAAUAUUAUGCCUCUAAAGGCUGAGGUAGUUUCACAACAAAUUUUGGAUGAAAGGGCAGCUGAGGAAAAUAAAUUAAAUGAAUCAAAUCAAAAUUAUUUCACAAUGAAAUAUGUAAUACAGAAUAACUUAAGUGGAUGUCACAGAUGGCUGUCGCCUGUUGACCACAAGUGGUUUGGAAAACAUUUAUAAUUUCGCAAACGUUUCUGAAUAAUAUUAUUUUCAAUUCUUAGUCAAUAUACAUAUAUAAUUAUUUUUAAAUAAAUACGAUAUAUUUAAAAUUGCCAAUAA